AUGUCAAAUCAUCAUUUAAAAGCUCUGGUACAAUAUAAUAGCCUUUCGAAAGAACAAGGACAAAUUGAUAAAGAACUCAAAAAACAAAUCGAAGAUACCACUAAGUAUUGGCAAAAUGUAUUGAGGCGUGUGAUUGACGUUAUAUUAUUUUUAAGUGAAAGAUCAUUAGCUUUUAGAGGUGCUAAUGAAAUUCUAGGCUCGCCAAACAAUGGAAACUUUCUAGGAAUAAUAGAGUUAUUGUCAAAAUAUGAUCCUUUUUUAGAAGAGCAUAUAAAAAAAUAUGGAAACGGUGGAAGUGGACACGUUAAUUACCUCUCGUCAACUAUCUAUGAAGAACUCAUCGAAGAAAUUGCCAAAUUAGUAUUCAGCGAAAUAUUGAUACGAUUGAAAAAAGUUAAAAUAUAUUCAAUUUCUUUAGAUGGAACAAGUGACGAAGGUCAUGUUGAUCAACUGACUUUAAUUUUUAGAUAUGUAGAGAAUAGUAAGCCAGUUGAAAGAUUUCUAAAAUUUUUACCUAAUGAAGGCCACAAAGCUAUUGACAUGUUUAAUGAAUUGAUAAAUUUUUUAAAAGAAAAUGAUAUUGAUAUAAGCAAUUGCCGCAGUCAGUCAUAUGACAACGCAUUGACCAUGAGUGGAAAAUUUAACGGACUUCAAGCUUUAGUAGCAAAAGAAAAUGAUUUAGCAAUAUGGAUACCCUGCUUAGGACACAGUUUAAAGGACCCCGCACCAGGGCCGGCGACUAUUGUGUUGAGGGUGUUGACAACUCAACAUCCAGUCGGUGAGCGGCUAAACUGUAUAAUUACCUUCGCUUCUAUCGUUUCUACCGCAUUUGAAGGAUAUUGAAACGCGACGCAAGAUUUUUUUAUAAAGCCAGAUGAUAUAUUUUUGCAAGUUGGAGAAAGGAGUUCAUUUUUAAUUGUAUUUAAACCACAAUUUUCAGAUGCAAACUCUGUAAAUAAUAAAAGAUAUGCGAAAAUUAAGUUAGUUGCCGGGAACAAUGUUUACCACUACAUUAUAAGUACCGAACAAAAAUUAUUAGAAUCGGAAAAAGAAAAUUAUUUACGUUGCCAUACACCUUCUAAUAAUGUUGUAUCUCUAAGUCCAGCAAUAUUACCGCCACAAAGUGCAACUUCUAAUAGAUCUGGACCUUGCGAUAGAAAUUCACCAAUCGGUACAGUAUCUAGUUUAGCUGUAACGGGACAUGUAAUUCCAAUUAGAGCUACACACGCUGCCCUAGUAUGGAACAGUGUAGAAACAGGAAAAAGUGAAUGUAAAGAAUUUACAAUUCGCAAUACGAGCGAUAACAAGAUUAAAAUUCAAAUAGAGAUAUGUGAUGACAGUAAGAGUUUUAAGUUUCUUAGAGAUAAACAGACUAUCGACACAAGCCUGGUACUAGUGAUGCAACGUCGAGAAAUUAAGACACUCGCAGUUGUGUUCAAUCUUUAUAGCGUAGUUGGAAAAAUUACUAUCAAACAUUAUACGAGAGAGAGAGAGAGAGAGAGAGAGAGAGAAAGGAUACCUUUGUAUGGAUACGGAGGUUGCGGUAAAGUAAAAAUUUCGGGACUAUUUAAAGAUUCGAGCAAAAAAUUAUGGUUGUCUCUUGGCAAUUUAUAUUCUGAAACUAUGACUUUGAACGCUAGUGUUAGACUGGAUAACAUUGGCAACUUACGUUCAUUUGCCAAAGUCACAAUCAUACCUAAAGUUAUUUCUCCAAUAAUGGAUUCUAGUUGGCGUAUAAAUCCAAAAGAAAUAAUACUUAAUCCUAAAGAAUCUCAAGAAGUAACAAUACAAUUUCGUCCAAAGAAAGAAGACUUUGCGUCAUUGCAACGUUCGGAAGUUUCGCAUGUGGCAACGAUAAAUGUUAUUUACGCCGAUGAACCAACCCGUUAGCGAAUACGCAGAUUAUAUAAUAAAUUGAAAUAGUCGGGUGAAUCGAUUGGAAAUGACAAUGAAGCAUUCGAGAAUAUUGUGCAUCUUAUAUGUAAAAUUUUUCUUGGAGAACUAAUUCCUGGCAUAACCUUAAUUCGCGAUUCUAUCCUAAACCUAAAUGAGAUCUAUGUACUGGCGUUCAUCAAUCAUGAGAUAAUGCUCACAGUGGAAGCAUGCGCGGAUGAUACUUUGCCUGUUCAUUAUGAUACCGAUGAAGAUCGGAGAUGUAUCGGGGUCUCUUAUAAGCGACUCACUACUCAUUUAGAUGAAGCAGGUGGUGCGAGAAGUUUCUUAGCUUCUCAAACUAUAGAAUAUGAAGUUCAAUACCCUGAAUUGCAAGGAGAUCAAUUCACUGUAACUCCGUCCAUCAUCGCUCUGACUCCUCCUCCAGUAAAGAAUGAAGCAAUGGUGACUAUUCUUAGCUUUUUCAAAACAGCCGAGCCAUUUCAGACCAGUCUCUCAAAUUCAGAUUAUUUCAGUGUUGUUCCCGCAGAAGGAAUGUUAAUACCUAGCAAAGAGAGUUUUCCUUUAAAGAUACAGUGUUCACAGAAACUAGAUCGUAAUAUGCAGGCUGUACUUGCGAUUUAUACAGAAAACAAUAAACAGGAUGUGUUGAUUAACAAGUCACAGUGAGGCGAUAAUAAUUAAUCGGUUAU